GCGGCAAUAUACCUUUUUGGAUGUAGUCUGUAAACAUUAAAGAAGAAGAAGAAAGCCAUAGACGACAGUCUCAAGUUAAAUGUUUCUUCAAAAUGUCGAAACCACAGUUGUUGACUGUGUUUAUAGCCAAGCGAUUAAUAUCGGCAGCCGUUAACAUAUUUGGGAUAGAGGAAAGGUGGAUAGCCCAGUACCAGGAGCCACUAGCAGCAGUGACUGUUGAGAUAAUGGCGGCGGUGGAAACGACGAUUGAACAAGAGCUCUCUCGUUCAAAGGAGGAGAUUGAACGUCUACGGAGGCUUCUUCUGGAGUUGGGAGCAGACCCCCAGCAGCUAACUGUCCCUGAAGAGGAGGUUCCCCCUGAGCAGCAGCACUGUGAGCAGGAGUGGAGCCCCAGUCUGGGGCAGCAGGACCCAGAGUCCACACAGAUUAAAGAGGAACGGGAGGAAGUCAGGACGAGUCAGGAGGAAGAGCAGCUUCACAGACUUGAGUCUGAUUCCACAGAUGUUGUAGAGUUCAUAUUUACUGCUCCUCCCUGUGUGGAAAAGUACUCUGAUCAGGACAGAGACACUCUACCCACCAACACAACUGAACAGAUACAAACAGAACCUAAUGGAGAGGACCACAGAGUAUCAGAACCAACCAGUGACUCUCUGCUCCUCUCUGCAGUAAAUCCAGACUGUUCUGCAGCUCACAGUGAAAUCAUUGUAAGUGUGGAUGAGGAUGAGAGUGAUGAACCUGUGUUAAAGACCCUCAAAUCAAGGAGGACACAGGCAGAGAAACGACAAAGCUCUCAAGUCUGCACUGAGGCCAAGACAACCAGUGAGCUGAAAGAACCAUUGAAGUCUCACACGAAUAAGAAACCAUUUAAAUGUCCUGUGUGCAGUAAACACUAUAAGACACUAGGCGGUUUAAAAACACAUCAGAGAAUUCACUCAACUGAAAAUAAUCAUCACUGCAAGAAAUGUGGCAAAUCAUUUAACUUGUUGCAGCAAUGGAAGAAACAUAUGAAGACUCACACAGAGGAGGAAUCACCUACAUGUCAUGUGUGCAGUAAAAGUUUUAAACUACCAAACCAUCUGAAAACUCAUAUGAGAUGCCACACCGUAGAGACAUCCAGUCAGUGUCCAAUAUGUGAAAAACACUUUAAAUCAACGAAAGACCUAGAGAGUCAUCAGAGAAUUCACACGGGAGAGAAACCGUAUCAGUGUACAACAUGUGAAAAAUGCUUUCAAUCAAUGAAAUAUCUAAAGAGUCAUCAGAGAAUUCACACUGGAGAGAAACCGUAUCCGUGUACAACGUGUGAAAAAUGCUUUACAUUGGCAAAAGAUCUAAAGAAACAUCAGAGAAUUCACAUUGAAGAUCAACUAUACCAGUGUCCAACAUGUGCAAAAUGCUUCAAGUCAAAGUACAAUCUUAAACACCACAAGAAAAUUCACACUGAAGAGAAAUCGUAUAGCUGCAAUGAUUGUGUCAAGUGUUACAGGACCAAGACAGGCUUAGAAGAGCAUGUGAGGACUCACACAGGAGAGAAACCUUUUAAGUGUUCUGUGUGUGAAAAGUUCUUUACUUCAACGACCAUUCUAAGACGCCACGAGAGAACUCACAGUGGAGAGAAACCACACGGAUGCACACAAUGCAACAAACGCUUCCCUGUCAAAUCAGACCUGGUUAAACACAUGAGGACUCACACAGGGGAGAAACCUUUUAGCUGUACAGAAUGUGACAAAUGUUUCAGUCAUAACAUUAGCCUGAGACUACACAUGAGAACUCACACCGGGGUGAAACCAUACAGCUGCAAAGAAUGUGGCAAAUGUUUUUCUGUUAACAGUAACCUGAGAAUGCACAUGAAAAUUCACACAGGAGAGAAAUCGUUUUGUUGCCAAGAAUGUGGUAAAUGUUUCCGUCAUAAAAUUAGCCUGAGACUGCAUAUGAUGACUCACAGUGGUGAAGAGAAUGUUCAUGGAUGUACUCAAUGCAACAAACGUUUUCCCAUCAAAUCUCUCCUGGUUAAACACAUGAUAACGCACACAGGGGAGAAAUCUAAUAGCUGCAAAGAAUGUAACAAAUGUUUCCUUCAUAACAUUAGCCUGAGACUGCACAUGAGAAUGCACACAGGGGAGAAAUCAUAUACCUGCAAAGCAUGUGGCAAAUGUUUCCAAAACAAGAUGGUUCUGACGAGGCAUAUGAGAACUCACACAGGAGAGAAUCCAUACAAGUGUCCUCUUUGUGUCAGUUCCCUUAUGUCAUCAAAAGAACUCAAACAUAUUUACGUGGGAGACAAACCAGAGUCCGAACAACCAGAGAAUCCAUCGUGUCUCUGCAGCGAUUGUGGCAAAUGCUUCCCGACGAUGAAAACCCUGAGAGACCAUAUGAGGACCACACAUGACGAGAGAAGGCAUCCGUGCUCUGUUUGUGGAGAUUUGUUUAUGUCAUUGGGUUCUCUUAAAGUUCACCAGAAAAUUCACACUGGAGAGAAACCACAGCAAUGUUCUGUUUGUGGAAAAUAUUUUGCAUUGUAGUGAUGGGAAGUUUGGCUCUUUUUACAGACUCUGAUCUUUGACUCGUUUAAAUAACUCAUCUUUCGAGUCAGUAAUGCCCAGAGCACGCAGGACCCCCUCCCGGUGAAUGAUGAAAUGAUUCUACAAGUCUCUCGUUCACUAUAAGGGGCUUAUUGGAGUUGUCAUUUGUAAAAGUGGCUUUAAGCAAUGUACAUUUGUCAUUGCCAUACAUACAAAUUAUAUUAUUUAUUGAUAGCUUGUAAAAGGAGGUCUAGCUACGGCCUGACUAGGAGGGAGGUCUAGGUACGGCCUGACUAGGAGGGAGGUCUAGGUACGGCCUGACUAGGAGGGAGGUCUAGGUACGGCCUGACUAGGAGGGAGGUCUAGGUACGGCCUGACUAGGAAGGAGGUCUAGGUACGGCCUGACUAGGAGGGAGGUCUAGGUACGGCCUGACUAGGAGGGAGGUCUAGGUACGGCCUGACUAGGAAGGAGGUCUAGGUACGGCCUGACCAGGAGGGAGGUCUAGGUACGGCCUGACCAGGAAGGAGGUCUAGGUACGGCCUGACCAGGAAGGAGGUCUAGGUACGGCCUGACUAGGAAGGAGGUCUAGGUACGGCCUGACCAGGAAGGAGGUCUAGGUACGGCCUGACUAGGAGGGAGGUCUAGGUACGGCCUGACCAGGAAGGAGGUCUAGGUACGGCCUGACCAGGAGGGAGGUCUAGGUACGGCCUGACCAGGAGGGAGGUCUAGGUACGGCCUGACUAGGAGGGAGGUCUAGGUACGGCCUGACUAGGAGGGAGGUCUAGGUACGGCCUGACUAGGAGGGAGGUCUAGGUACGGCCUGACUAGGAAGGAGGUCUACAAGCUGUGUAUCAUCAUAACAUUCAAUUAUUAAUGACUUAGGGGCGGCAGGUAGCCUAGUAGUUAGUGUUGGUCUAGUAACCGAAAGAUUGCAAGAUCGAAUCCCCGAGCUGACAAGGUAAAAAUCUAUCGUUCUGCCCCUGAACAAGGCAGUUAACCCACUGUUCCCCGGUAGGCCGUUAUUGUAAAUAAGAAUUUGUUCUUAACUGACUUGACUAAUUAAAUAAAGGUAAAAAAAAUAAAAUGGUAUUAAUGUUUGCACCAUGCGUUCAGUUAUCAGAUCUAAACACGUCUUUUUGGCACUGCGCUCUCUGCAGGCUUAUCUUUAUCCUGCCUGGGUAUAUGACAGACAGCUGUUGGUCAGAGCACGUCUCUGGAGCCGCUGAGCCGGAGGAGGAGGAGCGUGUGGCAAUCCUAUAGUAGGACUCAAUGCGGCCAGCAGGUCAAACCAACAGCUAAAAUGAACGAGUCACUCAGAAAAACGAGUCCGUAAAAAGAGUCGUUCACAAAGAAAAAGAAUCGUUCGCAACCUGACAACGCAAUAGUGAUGUGGAGUUUAUCUAAAACUCCACCAGGGAGUUCAUUCUGGAGAGAAACGUUGUCAGGUUAGCUAAAACUCCACCAGGGAGUUCACUCUGGAGAGAAACGUUGUCAGGUUAGCUAAAACUCCACCAGGGAGUUCACUCUGGAGAGAAACGUUGUCAGGUUAGCUAAAACUCCACCAGGGAGUUCACUCUGGAGAGAAACGUUGUCAGGUUAGCUAAAACUCCACCAGGGAGUUCACUCUGGAGAGAAACGUUGUCAGGUUAGCUAAAACUCCACCAGGGAGUUCACUCUGGAGAGAAACGUUGUCAGGUUAGCUAAAACUCCACCAGGGAGUUCACUCUGGAGAGAAACGUUGUCAGGUUAGCUAAAACUCCACCAGGGAGUUCACUCUGGAGAGAAACAUUGUCAGGUUAGCUAAAACUCCACCAGGGAGUUCACUCUGGAGAGAAACCGUUCAGCUGCAACUACUUUAGAAAUUGACAGAACUUGUAGAAUAUGGUAGAAAGUCAGUUGAUUUCAUAGAGAGCAGUCAGUCAGUGUCUUGGCACCAAGAGUCCCUGUUAAUCUAUGAUAAAAGACAGUGUCCUGAGUGGUAUUAUCUCUCAACCCUGUUCAUCUAUGGUA